UAAGUCAAGCCAAAUGUCAAGUGUCAAAUGAGUUGAGGAACGAUUUGGGUUCUAACUUUCAUUUAUUCUAAAAAACAACGUUUCAGUUAUUGAUAAUGUAAAUAUUUUUCUUUAAAAUUGUGGUUUGUGUGUGCUGCUACACGUUUUCCAGUUCAAAAUGGGCGAUAGCAGCGAUUCUGAGGAGUUUUACGACGCUGAAGAGUUCACACCCAUUAAAGGUUCCAAAAGGUCAUCACUAUGCAAGAAUAUAAGUGUGACAGAGAGUGGAGAUGCUCCAGAGAAGGAAAAGGCUCCAGCUUUGAAGACAGAUGCUGUUCAGGCAGCACCAGCUCCUCGAAGUACUAACUCUGUGGCUACUGAAACAGCUCCUGUUGAAGAUGACCGGACCACAGUAAAUAGUUUGGUGCAAGGUCGGAGAAGAUUCCAUGAGUUACGUCUUUGCAUGCAGACUGAGGAGGAGGACGAGGGUGUGCCUGAUGCCACCGGCUCUGUAGACCAGCAGACUUUCACAUCUGAGCAUCCAUUCAAAAUCAUAGCACACGACACAAUGAGCCUGCAGAGCAUGACGUCACUCGGCAGGAUCGGCAGAAUACUCAGUGGAGCUUCGGAAUCCCACUCGAACAUCCGUGAUACCGCGCCGGUACCAUCGGUGUCAUCGAGGGAGCCCUCCACCAUAUCCGACGAACAACUCACUUCAGAGAAUAGAACUCAGAAUGUGCUAGCGAUGGCGGAGCCGGACGUGAUCGCGAGUACGAAGGCGAACAGUUUGAAACACAGCCGCGGCGGCGGCGCCAUCGUCGCCGUCAGCGGGUCCACGGAGCCGCGCGCGCAGCCCGUAGCGCCGCCGCGCAGGAAGAAACGCAACAAGUUGCACGGAUCUCAAUCCCUUUCAACAACGGAUGGGGACAACCUGAGCGUAUGUACUACUGACACGGAUGAAUAUCGGUACAUCGCGCGAAGGCCGGACAAACCACAGCUUGACUCUUUAAUUGUUGAGCCACCGCCUCCCAGUGCAGUAAACCAGUCAAUGGCGUUACCGAGUCCCGCCAGUACGAUAGAAUCUCUCACCAGGGAGUUCCAAGACUCACUCGAACUAUCUAGUUCUAAAUAUGGCAGCUCCCGCGGGUCGCUGUCCCUGCACGAGUCGCGGCCCAGCGAGCGGGACACACGGGACACUCGCACCCCGCGACCGCCCACUGACACUCCGCUCAGAGAUGAAGCUACGGCCCGUUCGGAAGACCGCAAUGUGCGAACACACAGCGAAGGUCGUACGGCGCCUCCCUCUUCCAGACCUGCGGCCGCCAGACGCAGUAACUCGGAGUCGCUGGGCGGCGCGCGGCGGCGGUCGGCCGGGGACGAGGCGGCGCUGGGGCUGGCCGCGCUGCGCACGCGCACCGUGUCGGGCCACCAGCUCACCGACAUCGAGAUACUCGAGCAGGUCACCGUGCUCAACCUCGACACUGGCGAGCGCGUCCCGCUGAGCGUGGCGGAGCACAAGUUGCCGCAGUGCAUGAACCCGCUCAGUCUGCACAUCAUGCGCCUCACCUCCGAGUACAUCGGACGGAACCACGACACCGACAACGCCAGAUUUGAGGUGAAGCGGCGACUGUCAUGGCGGCGGCGACUGAACAUGUCGUCGCUGAACCUCGCCUGGCGGUCCGACCACUCGUCCAACCUCAGUCUCGAGACUAGGGAGACGGACGAAGAGAGUGAGAGUGUGUGCGCGGGCGGCGCCGAGGACGAAGCGAAGGAGAUGAAGAGAGAGUCCACUGACAGACAGACUACUGGCAUCAAGAGGAAGACUGAAAAGAUCACAGCGACACUGGUUAAAAGCCAUUCGCAGGACAACAUUAACAAGAGACUCAGACACUCAGAUAUGAACAGAUUGAAGCGUUUCUUCGGUAGCACAGUGAAGAAGACAGUGGACGCGGCGAAGUCGCUCGCCCAGGAAGUGUCGCAGGCCCGUCACAAGGAGGACGUGGCGGACAUUGCGGACGACGUGCGCGGGGAACAUAAUAUCAAGCUGAAGGCUUCCAACUCACAUAAAGGACCUUAUGACUUCGAUGGCUGUGUUCGACAUGUGCAGGAGAUGGGUUCAGGCCACUGCGGCGCCGUGUGGUGCUGCAAGUUCAGCGUGUGCGGCCGACUGCUGGCCACGGCCGGACAGGACAAACUGCUGCGCGUCUGGGUCACCAGGGACGCUUACCACAUGUUCCAGGACAUGCGCACGAAAUACAACCUCGAACAGAAAUCAUCUCCGACCCCGUCCCAGGAGUCCCUCGCGUCCCUAUCAGGGGGAGCCCCGUCCCCCCCUCCACCCCCUUCAGCCCCCUUCUGCUCGGCCCCCUUCUGCGUGUACGCAGGCCACUCGUCCGACUUGCUAGACGUGUCAUGGUCCAAGAACUACUUCCUACUGUCGAGUUCCAUGGACAAGACGGUCCGACUAUGGCACAUCUCGCGCGGAGAGUGUCUGUGUUGCUUCCAACAUAUUGACUUCGUGACGGCCAUCGUCUUCCAUCCGAGAGACGAUCGGUACUUCUUGUCUGGUAGUCUCGAUGGCAAGCUGCGGCUGUGGAAUAUUCCUGAUAAGAAGGUCGCAGUAUGGAACGAAGUGGACGGCAAAACGAAGCUAAUAACAGCAGCUAACUUCUGUCAGAACGGAAAAUUCGCGGUAGUAGGGACAUACGACGGACGCUGCAUCUUCUACACGACAGACCAACUCAAGUACCACACACAGAUAGACGUGCGGUCCACGCGAGGGAAGAAUUCCACGGGAAGGAAGAUCAGCGGUAUAGAACCUAUGCCGAAUGACGACAAAAUCCUCGUCACGUCCAAUGACAGCAGAAUCCGCCUCUAUGACUUACGAGACCUAAACUUAUCCUGCAAAUACAAAGGCUAUGUCAACGUCUCCAGCCAAAUCAAAGCCUCAUUCUCCCACGAUGGAAAGUACAUUGUAAGCGGUUCAGAAAACCAGUGCAUCUACAUUUGGAAAACGUACCAUGACUAUUCAAAAUUCACGUCGGUGCGUCGAGAUCGAAACGAUUUCUGGGAAGGCAUUAAGGCUCAUAAUGCUUUGGUCACUUGUGCCGUGUUCGCGCCAAACCCUGAUCAUAUGAUCCGUAUGAUUAGUGAGAGGGAACAGGAGGCGAAGUUGGCUGAUGAAUCCGCUGAUAACGAGGAAGUGAAGGGCGCAGAAGGCGGUAUGGUAGCAUCUUCGCAGACAGGCCACGUUUUAGUGAGCGCCGACUUCAAUGGAUGCAUCAAAGUGUUUGUGCACAAGGCUAAGCCCAAGCACAGCUCACUUCCAGCCUCUGCACUGGCCUGAGGCCAUAGCAGACUAUCGUGGACUUUAUCUGGAUUCGCGACAGAUAAGUAUCGUGCCUUUAAUAAAGCUGGCCAAUUGCAUCUACGUUAUCAAUGGAACAUUUGUUGCCUAUUUAUUUUGUAAACGCAGUUGACUGUUUUCUGUUUCCAAAUGCAUCUAUUAAAGGAUUAAUUGAAACUGUAAAUUAUGCUUAACACGUUAACCGCCACGUUGGAUUGGUGACCGACGCUUAGCGGAGGAUUUGCCUUCAUCAGUUUUCUUUCGGCAGUUAAUGCUUUAAAAACAUAUUAUUGGCAUUCACAUGUUUGUUAAAAGUCGUAAAAAAAGUGUAAAUUUUUGUUAUAGUGAUAGAAACAGCAACCAUUCAUUCUGGUUGCUGUAAUUUUGACAUAAAAUCUUAUUCAAACAUAAAAGUUACAUGUAUACACCUAUAGAUGCAAUUAUCACAAGACAAAUAGCGACAGUGUAACGAUACCUAACUAAGAUAGUCCAGAACUACUCGCAUGAUUGCAGCUCGAUUAUCUAAUAAAAAAUAGAACAGUAUUUAAAAAAAAUAGACACUAAAUUCUAGCAAUGUUGUUAAAUAGUUUCUUCUCAAAAAGAAAACUAAAAAAAUAUAGUGUCAUGUACUGAAUUAAUAUGAUAUACAAUGCAAUCAGUCAUGCAAUGUUGCCAAACCUACCUAAUGCAUGUUUUAACACAAAAGAGGCAUAUUAGGCCAAAUUAAAAUACAUAAGAUACCUAAUACUAGGACAUCACAUUAAAGUAUAUUUUAAAAAUAUUGUGAUAGAUGUUAUUAUAAUCGUAAUCAUACAGUGACGUGAUACCACAGAUAUAUAGAAAAUUGUUAUUCAUUUAAUUAAUUAUUACUUUCGAGGAAGCUCGACUAGUUUUGAGGCACAUUGGGGCUCAUAAUCGUGAGCUACGGGUAUGGCUAUCGACGUAACAAGUAAUCAUUAAUUAAAUCAAGCAUGUCACACGAAAGUUAUUAUACAAAAUUGAUAUUUAAUAUCUCAACUCGAAAAUAUGAUCAAUAAAAUAUUUUGAACAAUUUUUUUCUACUAAAAUUAUAUUGUUUUGAAUGUUGAAAUUGUAAAUGAAUGUAGUUAGGGAGAAAUGUGAUUAUUGAAGGAAAAUGAAAGGAAGGAGGGAGUGUAAUUAGCCGCGGGAUAUUUACUAUGAUUAUGGUUAUUUGUGUAUUAUAAAACUUAUUAUAAAUUCUGAUAUUACAUGGUUAACAAAAAUUUUUAAGUGCAUAUAUUAAAAUUUACGUAAUUAUUUUUACUAAAGUGUAGCUAAUACCUAUUUUGAAAUAAACCGUAAGAAUAGAAUACAUUCGUCUUUAGUUUAUAUUAAUUAGUUGUAACUUUAUAAAUUUUUGUGCAAUUAAUUUUAUGGUAAUAUCAGCUCUAUAUUUAUCGGACUAGUGAUUUGAUUUGUUUGUAGCCAAAAUGAUAUUAAGGACUUGGAUUUGAUGAUUUUGAUUGGUGUUUUAUGUUACUUUAUAAUAAUGCAAUUUGAACACGACGGAAUACGAUUCGUUUGUUGUAAGUUGAAAAAAUUAUAUUAAUGAAAUUACUAGAUUCUGUCCUAUACAUUGUUAAAUCAUUUUCAGCCUUGUGUAAUUUAGAAUAUUUACAAUGGUAACACCAGAUUUUUUUAUCGUCCUUUCAUCUUGUCGUCUAUACAUAUUUCAUGAAGAGUAAUUACUUGUAUCAAAAUUUUAGCCGAACAAUCAAAAACAGUGUCACUUGAGUUGUAUAAAUCUUUUUUAAAUAUUAGUUCAUCUUUUCAUCGAUGUUUUCCUGUCGGCAGCGGCCCUGUCUCUAGUGUUCAUCUCUUUAUAAUCGAUAAACAUGCCAGUUAUUAGAAAAACUAUAUUAAAACUAUAUACCUCUUUCUUCAAAUCUUUUUCUGCUUGCGUUUCUCACCCUUUCUUAUAUUUUUCUUUAUUCUUUUUUUUUUCUUUCAAACGUAAUUUUCUUUCUUCAUCUUAUAAAAGAGGAAAAUUUUCUCAGAUAAAUUUUCGUUUAACAAUGCAAACAUAUUUUUUUAUAUUUUUGAUCAUUAAUUGAUGGAUAAAUAUAUGUAUCGUGCACCUAUCACGAUGAAAAUAUUUAUUGUAACUAGUAUAGAUAUAAAUGUAUAUUAUAUUUAUAUUUUAGGCUGUGUUUCUCUUUAUUUUUAAUUGAAACAAAAUUAUUCUCUUUAAGCUCUUGCCCUAUGAAUGAGAUAUUGUUUUUUAUGUAAUAAGUGUACAUUUAGUGUUGUAUAAAGAUCAUGAUGCCAUCAUAAUUAGAUUGGAAUAUAUUUUUAAAUCGCAUUUACCUUCAUAAAUAAAUAAUCGUUACAUAA